ACAUCCCCAUCCCACCCCCUCUCCCAGUCCGGCCUCAAUUCUCUCUCUUAGGCAGACGUCCAGCUCUCUCCUGCCAGUCUAGCGUCUCACCUCACGGAGACAAGAAGGAAGAACCAAACACUCUCUGCGUCUCUCCAGCUAAAGCAAGAUGUUGCUACGCCAUCUCGCUCUACUUGCUUUGUUGGUGGCUGUGGCAUGGGCCCAAAGACCAGGAGCACGUCCAAAUCAAGCACAAAACCAGGAAAGUGGGAGGGAGCUGAUCAGACCAGAUCCAGAGGCGUGCAAAAACAGAAUUAACCAUGCUGCCACCUUCCGUAAUGGUCACUAUUACUUCUUCUCAUGGUCUCACGGUCCCACUAGCCAGCAUGAAAGGGACUGGCUAGAUGCCAGGAAUAUUUGCAGGAAGCACUGUCAGGACCUGGUGAGUAUUGAAACACAAGAUGAGGCGAACUUCGUCAUCGAUAACCUUCGCACCGGAAAUGUGAAAUAUAUAUGGACGUCCGGCCGCAAGUGCAACUUCGAAGGCUGUGACCGACCCGAUCUUCAGCCUAGCAUCAUCAAUGGAUGGUUCUGGGCUGGCUCCAACACCCGCAUGCCCGCUAUUAACUCCACUCAUGGCUGGCGAGGCGAUUGGUCACAUACAGGUGGCUCUGGUACACCACAACCUGACAACCGAGAGUUUGGAGAAAAUGGCAACGAUGAAGCUUGCAUUGCUGUCCUGAAUAACUUCUACGGGGAUGGCGUUAAGUGGCACGAUAUUUCUUGUAACCACGUCAAGCCCUGGAUCUGUGAGGACUCUGAUGACCUUCUGAAUUUUGCCCGCGCCAGAUUCGGCAAUAUCCCAUAAAGAGGAGAAGGACUCGACAACAAAGAGGACAUGAAAAGUAAAGGAUGAUAAUGGUGAAAGGAGAGAUGCUUUUUUUUUUAUUAUUAUACGACAGUCUCACUUUCUACUUUUCUCCUCUUUUGAACUUUGAGCUCCUCCCGCAGAACA